AUGUCGAUUAAGCAGCGGCGCCAUCUAUCGAUACAAUUUCUUAAGUGCCUUCUAGACAGUCGCAUUGCUGAAGUCAUGAUUGCUGACUUUGGCUUUGCUCGACCUAUGAAUGGAUCUCGUCGCGGCACGGCUUGUGGUACCCCGGGCUAUGUGGCACCUGAAGUGGUACAGGGCGAGCCAUAUGGAGCAGAAGUAGAUUGUUGGAGUCUUGGAGUAAUUCUGUUUAUCCUUUUGUGUGGGUACCCGCCGUUUCCUGGAGCGAAUCAUGCGACAGUACUUGAUAAAGUUGUCAAGGCUGAGUACAAGUUUGAAGCUCCAUAUUGGGAUGACGUUUCAGAUGAAGCAAAGGAUUUGGUGACGGAACUCCUGGCUGUAGACCGUACAAAGCGUCUCACUGCAUCCGGUAUCCUAGCGCAUCCGUGGAUGGAUGAAACGCGUGCAUCUGUCAUGAGCCUAACGGAUGAAUCGGAAUCAAGAAAGCGAUUUACUCGCAAAUGCUCGGAUUUGUUACCAGCAUUGCACCAAAUGAGAAAGCAUAGCUUGACUCACGGCAGUCCAAAAAUCCGUCCGUCUGACAUGAAUGUGGACGAUAUUGAAUUUGACGAACUGACCAUCAACAGUGAUAAGGCGUUGCUCGAGCGCGAGCUGGCAGAUAUGGACGGAUUUUGGAAAACGGAGUCAUCGUUGGAAGCGGCUCUUCGACCAGGUGACGUGCAGAGCUUUGAUUCUAUCACAACUGGGGAUUUUCCAAAACAGGCACUAUUUUACGAGAAUUUCCCAGCAGAGAGUUUAUAG